GGACCAGGACAAUGGCUGCUGCUCAUGAGAUGGAGAUGGAGAGUGUGAAUCUGAAUAUGGAGAGAGAGGGAAAGGAAGAACUGGAGGAGGAGAAAAUGAGAGGGGAUGGGGAAGGUAAAGACUUCCCCAGGGGCCGAAAGGUCCAUAGGAUUGUCUCCAAGUGGAUGCUUCCUGAGCCAGUCCGAAGAACAUACUUGGAGAGAGCCAACUGCCUCCCCCCGCCCCUGUUCAUCAUUCUCAUCAGCCUGGCUGAGCUGGCUGUGUUUAUUUAUUAUGCGGUGUGGAAGCCUCAGAAGCAGUGGAUCACCCUGGACACAGGGAUCUUGGAAAGUCCCUUGACGUACCGCCCUGAGAAGAGGGAGGAAGCCUGGAGGUUUAUCUCAUACAUGCUGGUCCAUGCUGGAGUCCAGCACAUCGUGGGGAAUCUUUUUAUGCAGCUCGUCCUGGGUAUUCCCUUGGAGAUGGUCCACAAAGGCCUCCGAGUGGGGCUGGUGUACCUGGCAGGCGUGCUUGCAGGUUCCCUGGCCAGCUCCAUUUUUGACCCCCUUAAGUCUCUCGUGGGUGCUUCAGGAGGAGUCUAUGCCUUGAUGGGAGGCUAUUUUAUGAAUGUUAUAGUGAAUUUUCGAGAAAUGAUUCCUGCCCUUGGAAUCGUCAGGCUACUCGUUAUCAUUCUGAUAGUUGCCUCAGACAUGGGAUUCGCUCUCUACAGAAGAUUCUUUGUCCCUGCAAAUGGGUCUCCGGUGUCCUUCGCUGCUCACAUUGCAGGCGGAUUUGCUGGGAUGUCCGUAGGUUACACUGUGUUCAGCUGCUUCGACAAGACCCUGCUCAAAGACCCCAGGUUCUGGAUCGCGAUCGCGGCCUAUGUGGCUUGUCUCUUAUUUGCUGUGUUUUUUAACAUCUUUCUGUCCCCAGCAAACUGACUUGCCUUUGUUAUAAGCCACUUAAUAAAAGUGUCACAUGGGAGGAAGUGGCAAACUUUGUAAAAAAAAACAAAAAACCCACCCAAAGCUAAAAAUGUUAAAAAAAAAAAAAAAAAAAAAAAAAAGACAGGACAGCAGCUGAGCUUCCAGCGGGAAGCAAGAAGAUAAAAAGCAAAGACUGGGCCUUUCAUGCACAGAGCAUGCGUGUAUUAUCCUGUGAAGGAGCCUUGAUAUCCUUGGGGGAUGUAAUUUGGAGCUUGUUUAUAGGCUCCACGAGAACUGCACUAUCCUGAUAAUAAACAUUUUUUAUAUCUGG